AUGUAUUUCUUCCUUGGGAACCUGGCGGGUUUGGACUUCUUCUGUUCCUCAGUCACCGUCCCACGAAUGUUAUUUGACCUUCUCACCCAGAGAAGAAAGAUUACUAUAACACUUUGUAUAACCCAAGUCUUCUUUUUUAUAUUCUUUACAAUCUCUGAGAUGUUUCUGUUGGCUGCCAUGUCCUAUGAUCGAUUUAUUGCUAUCUGUCAGCCAUUGCAUUACAUACAGGUCAUGAGUUGGAAAGCUUGUGUAAAGUUGGUUUUCUGUGCAUUGUGUCUCGGUUUUACCUAUUCUAUAACUCACACACUUUUUUUGCUGAAAUUAACAUUUUGUGGCUCAGAUAUUAUAGAAAGCUUCUUCUGUGAUCUUCCCCAGUUGCUUCAAAUCUCCUGCAGUGACAUCUACAUCAACACAAUGCUUAUACUACUUCUGGGUGGCUUCCUCGGAGGUUGGACUCUGAUACUGACCUUCCUUCCCUAUGUCUUUAUACUCAAAACUGUCUUUACAAUGCAAGUUAAGGGCAAAAGAAGUAAAGUUUUAUCUACGUGUACUUCUCACCUGACAGUGGUCUUCAUAUUUUAUUGCUCUGCUAUGUUUAAUUACUUUCAACCAAGCGGUAGUCAUUUCACUGGUGACAAAGUGUUGUCUGUCUUCUACUCUGUGAUUCUUCCUCUGCUCAAUCCCCCAAUUUACACCAUGAGGAACCAGGAUUUCAGAACAACAUUCGGAGAUGUUUUAAGGGAGGUUGUGCCCAAUUCAAUACGGCAUCACUGA